AUGGGGAGGAUGGAGAGUAUUAGGGGGAAAGAUUGUGAUCGGUUUGAUCCGGAGAGGUGGAUUGAUGAAACGAAUGGUGGUUUUAGAGGUGAGAAUCCUUAUAAGUUUCCGGUGUUUCAUGCUGGACCAAGGAUGUGUUUAGGGAAAGAGAUGGCUUAUAUUCAGAUAGUUGCUGCAGUGCUCGAGAGGUUUGUGGUUGAGGUUCCGGGGAAGAAGGACCGUCCUGAGUAUUUGUUGUCUAUGACACUUAGAAUCAAAGGAGGUUUGUUUGUCAAGGUACAUGAGAGAUCUUAA